GAUAAGUAAUAAACGUCAUGGAGUGGAUCACUUGCCUUAGCCCGAGGUAGCAGGUGAAGUCACCGCUGCAUCUGCCUUCGCAGAUCGCCCUGCAACCGUAUAUAAGCUUCAUGUCGAGAGUCGACAAUCGCUCCAGCUGAAAUACCCUUCCUUCUACCACGAUAGCUUAAAUCACGGCCAUCAAAUCAACCAUCAACACCAACCUACCUAUCAAGACCCAACUUAUUCCACACCAUACCACCCACCAUGCCACACUCCCCUGAAGCUGCCGCUCAAGCGGCCCACGCCCACAUCUUCAACCAACCUACCACGGCCCCCUACCACAACAACCCCUGGGCGCUCUACCGCGCCCUCGACGAAUACAGCCACACGGCGCACCUCAUGAACUUUAAAGAAAGCAAGCUCCGCGUUGCCAAGCAGCACCUGGAAUCCAUGCAGCCGCCCCCAAAGACCAUCAUCGAGUUUGGCACCUACAUCGGCUGCUCGGCCAUCGCGUGGGCGGCCAUCCUGCGCGACCUGCACGGGCCUGACGCCACCGACAUCCACGUUUACACGUUUGAGGUGAGCGAGCCCGUCGCCCAGGUGGCGCGUGAGUUCGUGCAGCUGGUCGGUCUGCAGGAGGUCGUGCAUGUGCUGGUGGGGCCGGCGGCGGAGUCGCUGCGGCGGUUGGUGGAUGAGGGUGCGGUUGUGCCGGGCGGCGUCGAUAUGGCGUUCUUCGAUCACUGGGAGAAGUUCUACCUGUCGGAUCUGCAGCUGUGCGAGGAGUUGGAGGUUUUUAGGGUUGGGUCGAAGGUGAUUGCCGAUAAUACGGAUAUUCCGGGGGCGCCGGAUUAUCUGGAGUAUGUGAGGGCCGGGGGAAGUGGGAAGGUGAGGUAUGAGACUAAGUCGUGUGAGACGGAGCAUGUUGUUGAGGGACGGCCGAAUAUUGUUGAGGUUACGGAUGUUGUGGCUGUCUAGAUUACUACAAAGUAGUUUGAGUGAACUUGGGUUAAUGUUUAACGUCGUUAUGUGCUGCGUUGUAU